GCGGCGGCGGAGCAGAGGGCGCGUGGCGGGCGGAGGUCAUGCUCCUGGAGGCGAGGCUGGACGCGCAGCUGAACGAGCUGCGGGCCCAGGUGGCCGAGGUGCGCGCGGCCACGAGGGCGCUGCAGGAGCCCCCGCGGCCGGCCGCGACCCCGCCGGGGACGGCGCAGGGGACGCCCUCCUCGGACGACGCGGCCCUGGCGCGCCUGGAGGAGGCCGUCCGGGAGCACCGCGAGGAGCUGCGCGGCCUGCGCGAGCAGCAGGCCGGCGCGACCCCCUCCGCCCAGGACCUCGCGGCGCUCGAGGGGCGCCUGCGCUCCGAGACCACCGCGGCGCUGGAGGCGGUGCUGGCGAGGCACGCGGACGACCUCGCCAUGGCGCCGACGAUGUCGAGGAAGCCGUCCGUGAAUCCGGGCCUCGGCCUCCCCGCGGACGUGGCGGACCUCUCGGGGCGCGUCGCUGGCCUCGGGGAGAAGAUGGAGGAGAGGUGCGCGAAAGAGGAGAGGUUGGAGAAGCAGCUGCUGGAGCUCCGAAGGAGCGUCCAGGACCUGUCUGCGAUCACGCCGACGACCGGCCACUCCGGCGGAGCGAGCACGGCCACGGUGGCCGAGCUGGGCGGGCGAGUGGAGGCGAUGCGAGAGGCCUUCGCGGAGCGGCACCUGGCCGAGCGCGCGCUUGGGCAGCAGGUGUCGGAGAUGCGCCGCCGCUCCGAGGAGCUGGAGGGCAAGGUCGCGGCACUCGCGCUCGAGCGAGAGGGCCACAGCAGCGGCCAGUCCGCGGUGGAGCGGCUGCAGCAGGACCUCGACGGCAGGUUCCUGACGCUCAAGUGCGAGAGGCAGGAGCUGGAGAGCCGCCUCUCCGCGAUGCAGCGGGAGCAGCAGGACUGGGGCAGCCGGCUCUCGGCGCUGCAGCGGGAGCUGCAGAGCGAGCGGGCGGCCGCCAGCGAGCGGGAGCCGCAGCAGGCCCAGGCGCUGAAGGGGCUCCAGGAGCGCCUGGCCGCCCAGGUGGCCGCGCUCGACGAGCGCCUCGCCGCGGAGCUGCGGGGCCUGCAGGCACGGGACGGCUCCAGAGACGAGGAGGCCCGGGAGCGCGGAGCGGCGCUGGAGCGCCGGAUCUCCUCCAGCGAGGAUCGCCUCGACGAGGCCGAGGCCGGGCGGCGCUCGCAGGAGGCACGCCUGGCGCAGGCGGAGCGGCAGCUGGCCGAGCUCGACGCCAGAGCGGGCGAGCUCGGCCGCGCAGCGGAGGAGGAGGCGCGGGAGCGCGCCGCCGCGCUGGCGCGGCACCGGGAGGAGGCCGAGGAGUGCGUGCUGGCAGCUACCGGGCGCCUGGAGCAGGGCCUGCGCGAGGAGGGGCAGAGGCUCGCGGCCCUCGAGGCCGCGACGGCCGAGCUCCCGGGCCUGCGCGGCGCCGUCGCGGGCCUGGAGCGCGGGGCCGGGGACUGCGCCGAGAGCGUGGCGCGGGAGCAGACCCAACGGGCGGCAGACACGCAAGAGCUGCGGCACCUGAUCGAGGCCAUCACCGCCGCCGAGCUGCGCGAGCGAGUAGAGAGGCUGGAAGCCGCCAGGCUGGAGACCGUCAAGGCAUUCGAGGCCGCCGCCGUCGCCGCCACGGCGCCAUCGAGCCCGGCUGCCCGCAGCUCAUCGGGCGCGGCGGCGGCGGAGGAGGUGGCGGAGCUCCGCCGCGCCGUGUGCGAGCUGCGGGAGGACUGGCAGCGGCAGGCCCAGGGCCUCAGGGAGGAGCAGAAGGAGCGGUUCCUGCAGGUGGCGGGCAUCUGCGGCGUGGUCGAGGGCGUGGGCGCGGCGGCGGCGGCCACGCUGGCGCGCGCGGAGCGGAAGAUGGCAAGCGCGGCGCCACAGGCCGACAGUCCCGCGAAGCUUUGCGAGGAGCUGCCCUCGCAGGCGAACAGCAGGCUAAUCUCGGAGCUCAAGGAGCAGUUGCAGUCUGACGCGAGCCUGGCAAUCGCCACUCUGAAGAAGGAGAUAAAGCAAGCCAAGGCCGACCUGUCGGAGCGCGUGUGGAAGCUCGAGCGGGUCCGCGACCGGCCUGCCGCAAUCGAGCCAGACGAUGGCAGCAGCGCAGACGGAGAGCUCCAGUCCCGCUUCGAGUGCCUUGAGUCGGAGACGAAGCGCACCAAUGACCUGCUGAUGGCGUUCCUCCGAUCCACAGACCAGCAGCAGAGCGAGGCCAUGGCCACAACGAUCCCUGGCACGCACGCGAUCACUCCAGCCCGAUUGCAGGCCGCGCCCACACAACGAGCCGCCGCCCCCGAGCCCAUCGUCGGUGAGGCCAGCGGUCUCGCCAAAGGCGCUUUUUCUGGCGCGGCCCGCGCCACCGCCGCCUCUACCACCGCCGCCGCCGCCGCGGUGGCCCCCCAGGCCACGACGGUGACGUCACUGCGGUCGGCGAACGCCGUGCCCGCGCCAGCGUGUCAAGUCACCUCAACCAGAAUAGCCAACACGGCGCCGCCUGUCCGUGCCCAGGGGGGUGUCGCGCCAGCGCCAGCUGCCGUCUCUCAGGCAGGGUCAGCGCUGGCGCCAGUGACCAGUGCGGCACGGCUUGUCCGCGCUUCCAGCGCCUCUCAGGUCACAGCCCGAAGCAUUCAAGGAGCGCCCGAGCCGACAGCCGCUGCGUUGCGGGCCACGGCCAGGCCGACGGCCGCUGCACCUCGGGCCAUCGGACCCUCGGCAAAGGCACACGCAGGAGCUCCGGCAGAAGCCCCCCUGGACCCGGCGCAGACAAGCACGCCCCAGCGGGGCUUGCCGUGGCCCGCGGCGGCGACGGCGCCAGGCCAGGACGGGCAGGCGAGAGGCGCUCCCCCAGCGGCCAAGCCCGCCGGCUGCGCCCCGAUCACCGACCGGCGGCCCUCGCUGCAGCAGCAGCCGCGCUCGCACGUCGCACGGAGCGCGGCGGCCGCGCAGCCGCCUAUGGCCACGGCCACCGCGGCGACCUGCGCGGGCGCGGUGCCGCUGCAGCAGGUGGGGCCGCACCCUGCCCAGCGGAGCGCGGCGGCCGCGGAGCUGCCCGCGGCCACCGCCGCAGCAGCCUUCGCGGGCGCGGCACCGCUGCAGCAGCGCGCUGCCCGCUAGUCGGGGAGCUCUGUCGUCCACCGAGCCCUUCAGGGGCAACGUUGCCCCUCGGCCCUCUGGAGUCUCGGGACGCCCCAGCCUGGAGCGACUCGCCGCCCGUCCGCUCCUGCUCCGCAUGCACAACCACCCUCCUCCUUCCC